CCAGUGAUUGGCGCAUUUCUCUGCUGUCGAGCUGUCACGCUGACAGCUCAAGAGGAGAGCCGGUAAUCGGCAUUCCUCGGAGGGGACAUCUACACUGAUCAGUGUGCCCUGAUGAUCAGUGUAGCCCCAGCAGUGCCACCUGUCAGUGUCCAUCAGUGCUUUGUGUCAGUGCUCAUCAGUGCCUCGUGCCAGUGCCACAUCAAUGCCACAUAUCAGUGCCUACCAGUGCACAUCAAUGCCACAUAUCAGUGCCCAUCUGAGCUGCCUUUCAGUGUCACCCAUCAGUGCCAGUCAGUGCCA